CUGUGAAACAAAUUCCUGAUUACAUUACUAGUAUUCCAUUCUUCAUUGUUUUUAUUGGGCUGGAGUUUGCUGUCAGCUGGAUUCAGAAGCGUGAGCUGGCAGGCCGGAUCAAUGAUGGCAUAAGUUCUCUUUCUUUAGGUAUCCUGUCUCGACUGCCAGAUGUUUUAUUCAGAAGUAUUGACUUAAUUAGUUACAUCUACAUAUGGAAUAACUACAGACUAUUUGAACUGCCCUGGGACUCACCAUGGACAUGGUAUCUGACGCUCCUGGGAGUGGACUUUGCAUACUAUUGCUUUCAUCGCAUGAGCCAUGAGGUUAACAUACUGUGGGCAGCGCACCAAGUACAUCAUAGUUCUGAAGAUUACAACUUAUUCACAGCCUUGAGACAAUCUGUGCUGCAGAAGUACACCUCCUGGAUUUUCAACUUGCCCAUGGCUCUUUUCAUUCCUCCUUCAGUGUUUGCUGUUCAUCUACAGUUUAAUCUACUUUACCAGUUUUGGAUACAUACAGAGGUUAUCACCAAUCUUGGGCCUCUGGAGUGGAUUCUUAAUACUCCCAGUCAUCACAGAGUUCAUCAUGGUAGAAAUCCUUACUGUAUUGACAAAAAUUAUGGUGGCACGCUCAUUAUCUGGGACAGGAUAUUUGGGACAUUUGAGGCAGAAGAUGCUAAAGUUGUAUAUGGCUUAACACAUCCAGUCAAUUCAUUUGAUCCCAUCAUGCUCCAGUUGCGUCCCUUGGCUCAUAUUUGGAACACGUUUUGGGCCACACCUGGAUUCUGCAAUAAGCUUUCUGUCAUAUUCAAAGGGCCAGGCUGGGGACCAGGCAAACCUAGACUUGGCCUUCCUGAGGAAAUCCCAGUGAUCACUGGAAAAGAAGUUCCCUUCAAUCCAAGUGUACCAGCUUAUGUUAAUUGCUAUGCAGUUGUACAUUUUGCUGUAAUAGUGGACUUUUAUACCGAGCUUCUUGGUACCGUGACUACAUUAUCACAGGGAACUAUUCUUCUGAGAAUUGGCUUUAUCAUUCUGUCCCUGACUGCUUUUGGACUACUUAUGGAGAACAGACCCAAAGCAGGAACUUUGGAAUUUCUCCGCUGCUUAGUCUUUGUAGUUGUCUACAAACUUGGCUACAUAAGGAGUCAGUUUUCUUCCUUGGGAUAUGCAUAUGAG